AUGAAGUUCUGUGGCAUCUCAUUUCUCUUACUGAUGUUCCCCUGUCUCCGGCAUACAUCACUUAGACACGAAUCUGUGUGCAUCUCGGAACAUGGUGGGCCUACUGGGAGGAGACUAUUACCUACUGCGAUUCCUCCGAAAAGGGCAGGCAAGGAGAAAGCCGACGAGAACCAGGAAGAUGAAACUGAAGUCGAUCGAGCUGCUUCUAACGGAGUUGAUCGAUCUGGUGAUGAUGCCUCGUCGUCUCAAAGACCCAAUCUUGAAUCCGACCUACCUACUCCUGCAUCUGCAGAGACUGCUCCAGCCAGAGCUUACACUCCUAAGGUACCUUACCCUGUUCCACGGAAGAAGUCCAGAAAAGACUUGGAGGAUGCAAAGUGUAAGGAGAUGUUGAAGGACUUGACUGUGAAGCUGCCCUUGUCUGAUGUUGUUCAGAUGAUUCAUGCUCUGAAGAAUUACAUGAAGGAGCUGAUAUCUGGGAAAGUAGCUAAGGAUGAAAAUGUCAUGCUAGUGUCACAGGAGUGCAGCGCUGUGUUGCAGAACAAGGUUAUCAAGAAGGGGAGCGAUCCAGGAAGAUUUGUCUUGUCAGUGUAG